AUGGUGCCAUCAUGGGUGCACCUCUCUUCUCUCUCUCGACUUCCGGGGGCGGGCUCUACAGAGGUGGGCGUGGCCGGGGCUCAUGCGUUGACGUCAGCGGCGCUGUUCAUGGCUGAGGUGCUGAUCACUACCUAUCGCGGCUCCACGGUUCCUUCAGUCCGCGUCUUUGUCGCUGUGAGCAGCUGCAGCCGUAGCCCACGCACCGGAGCUUUCACACACCGACAGACGACAGCUGCUACACGCACAUGUGCACCACGUUUACCACAGCGGCUCAUACAUAGAGUCAUGGGAAUGAGCUCUGUGCCCAGGGCUUUGUAUCAGAGACUGCUGACCUUGGAGGAUCGCAGAUGUCGUCAGAAUCUCCAAUUUGUUUGGAAGGACAGUCUGUUGUGGCUCUACAUUUAG